AAACAAGAGGUUUAAUUGGUUUGAAAAAGAGGGAUUAUCGCUAAUGACCAAUGAAAGUAUUUUUUAUAUGUCACGUAUAUUCACAAUUUCGCGGGAAAACUUGAUUGUUUUGAUGCACAAAGCCUCUAAAACCGUUAAAGACGCAGUAUUCUGUUCAGAACUUUGCAAUCUUUUCUACCAGAGCGAGAAAAGUGACCACAAAGAAGUGAAAAAAAUAGUUAAUCUCAGGAAACGUAGAUUUUUUCGUUGAGAAAACAUCUACAAGUAGGUAAGAUUUCGAUGCGAUCGGUUCACGAUCUCCUUACUCUAAGCCAGCGAUGUGGAAGCGACAGCUAAUUUCAUCAGAAGAUACAGAUAAGGGAAAAGUGGCCAAAAUCGGUGACACAGAACACGAUGAGAACACAGCAUACAACAACAUGGCUACUGAAACUCUAUCAAAAACUGGCAAGCGAACGGAUUACCUCAGUUGGGAUGAAUACUUCAUGGCGGUCGCAUUUCUUUCUGCUCAAAGAAGCAAAGAUCCUAACUCCCAAGUGGGAGCCUGUGUGGUGAAUCCUGAAAAGAAGAUUGUUGGUAUUGGAUACAAUGGGAUGCCUAAUGGCUGCAGUGACGAUGAAUUACCUUGGGCGAGACAAGCAGAGAGCAAUCUAGACACAAAAUACCCUUAUGUUUGUCAUGCUGAACUGAAUGCCAUUCUGAAUAAAAAUUCAGCAGACAUUAAAGGUUGUAGUAUCUAUGUUGCCCUUUUCCCCUGCAAUGAGUGCACCAAGCUGAUCAUUCAAGCAGGAAUCAAGGAAGUCAUUUAUUAUUCUGACAAGUACCAUGACCAACCAAACUGCAAGGCUUCAAGGAGGCUCCUUGAUAUGGCCAAGAUAACUUACAGGCAAUUCAAACCAAGGGAAUGUCAGAUUGUGAUUGAUUUUACUAGUAUUGAUGGUGUUCCAAUGAAACCAACUUUGUCUGUUGCAUCACCCUGAUUACAGUCAGAUUUAGUAGCUGUUCCUAUACUUUAAACAUUGUUUUGAUUCAUGAUCAUGAGAAGUAGUACUCCUUAUUUCCGUAAAAUUUUGUUAAGCUUUAAUCAAACACAAUAGACUAUGGACAGUUGUUACUACACACAUUUUACACUUACAUAAUCCUGUGAGAGGAAACUCCAACUUAAUAAGUUUUUAGGGGCAUUUGUCACACUCUCUAAUUUCUCUGAUGACAGCUUUAGAGGAUUUGAACGCUCUCUUUCCACUGUUGAGAAGUUAAAUCAUUGACACUUAAAAAGGUCCCUGUGCAUCUAUGGCUCUCUGUGGAGGCAUACAUGCACAUGGUGAAUGAUCAAAGCUAUCCACACUUUCCAGGAAAAAAGGAUUAUUAUCACAAUUUUCUUGAACAGUGAGAAAAGUGAAUCAUUGAUUUAGUAUCUGUAUUAUACUUUUCCAUGAAACUGUUGAGUCUCAUUGUUCUGGAUCAUGCUUUUUUGGGUGUCAACCCUUUUGCAAAUGAGAGUAUGUACAUCUUUCUGUCACUUCCAAGUGACGUACAUACUAGAUAAGUACAUGGAGACUACUUUCAGUCAAUUUUUAUUACAAUAUUAUGGUACCCAACCUAACACACUGUCGGUAAUAUUACAACACAUGACACAGCCUCUCGGCUCAGCACCUUUCAAAGUCACCAUGUUUUACACCAGAGAAAAAAAAA